UCUGUUGACAGUAAUGUUUAAGUGAUCCGUGGUUAACACAAAUCUGCCUUUUCUCUUGUUAUUCAUUCCCUUUGAAGAAAACUGUGUAAUUAACCAAAUUGUGGUUUAGGAGAAUUGUUUACACCCUUACUGUCUGUGACAUGCAGUUUGUCUCACACUAUGCAAUAGAAUAUCUUAAAAAAGGCUUUAGGUUUUGUAAGAGAGGCAUUCCACUCAGACACUCAGACUUUGAGGAGAAUUUAGCAAAAGCAUUGUAAUCUUGGUAAGAGUCUGAUUUCCAGGGAGAAAAAAAGCUGUUUAAAAACUUCUCUUUGGGAAAAGCCAGCAAAUAGAUUAAAGUUAUUACAGUUACAUUCAGGUGUUAGCCAAUGAAAUUGAAUUUAAUUUAGAUAACACUCAAAAAUACCUUCAUAGUAAGCACAGAGAAGUGUUUGAAGUUUUGUGCUUGAUUACCUUGAAUGAUAGACCCUGACUCUGUUCUGUUACUGAGUGGAGACAUGGAUAGUUAUUUAUGUGUUUGUUUGUUUUUAUCUUUCAUUUUAAGAGGAAUUCCUGUUGAAAUUAAAUCUCUUUUACCAGGGUGACCUUGUUCCCUUGCCCUCAUUACAGUACUAACCUAAGUAUCAGUGUCCAGGUUAAUAUAGACAUGUCUGAAAUGUGCUGCCUAGAAUAGUAAGCUGGCAAAGUACAUUUUUACUGUAUUCAGGGUUUUCCUGCACAUAUCAACGACCCUCACUGAAGACAGCUUAAUUUUCUCAAUUUUAAAACACAUUAUUUCUUAUCAAAUGGACAACAACGACAGGAGAAUGCAAAACGUUUUGUUAAGUGUAGGAACACUGUGUAAACGCUGUAUAACAUAAGCUAAGCAUCCAUCUUUGGGUCGUCUGAUACCUCUAAUCAAUAAACUGCUGAAGUCAAGCCUUCCAUUUACCAGGAAUUACUGUGUAGACCAUGGAGGCGUUUCUCGAAAAACUUUAGCUCUCCUGGCUUUUAGUCUAAUCAAAUUAUCUUCUUGUCCUGCUGUGUUAAGAAAGCAAAGAAUUAUGUUUGGUAUGUUUAUACUGUUAACCAAGCCCUUCUGUUGUGGUGUGUGUUUGCUUAUGUGUUACCGUCUAUUUCUCUCUCUGGACGUAACACGUGUUUGUCCGGGCACGAUUUCAGAGGAGCACAAGGAGCUGCAAGGGCUGCACAGCUGUAAGAACGAGGAGCAUGAGGGUGUGGUGCUGAAUCUUCAGAGUCAGAUAAGGAACGCCCACGAUGAGCUAGAUCAGAUCCAGAGCACCUUGGGGACCCUCAAAGGGGCUGACAGACAUGGCCUCCAGGUAGCCUUGGACAUGCAGAAGGAGAUCACUGGCAGGAGAGAGCAGGUGGACUCGAUGCAGAGCAAAAUUUUACAUCUGGAGGAGAAAGUGGAGAAGCUGCAUCACGAGAAAGACUGCCAGAACUUGGAGACCGAGCGUCAGCUCCAGGAACUAACCUUCGUCAGGGAGGAGAAGAGACAACUUGCUAACGAGCUGGAGGUGCUUCGCUCCAAAGAUCAGCAGUUAACAGAUAGGAUCAGUGAGCUGGAGGCAAUCCUUCACAAGAUGUCGGAGAGCUUUGCAAACUGUCAGGAUUUUAUCCAGCUGCGGGAGCAGGAAUAUUUCCGCUUAAAACUCCACCAUGCCCUCCACUUGAAGGAGCUCCAAGGUCAAAAUCUGCACACAGCUCUGAAAGUGUGUCCACCUGAUCUGGACUCCCUGAUCCCAUCUGCACACACUGCUCCACCUUCCUCCCAGCAUGCCUUCAACGCCAAGAUCAAGUCAAGGAGGCAGCUGGAGAGCCCCACUUGUGAGCUCAGAUCUCUUGACAAAAUCCUGAGAGGAGGGAUUUUGGAGAACCCUGGACCACACACCGAUAACAGCACCACUGGCAGCAGCUUCCACAGGAGGAGGUCUGCACCAGAGAGAGUACACAGAACCGCAUUAACUGAUCAUUGCGAUACUGGCUACAAACUGAGGAGAAAUACCUUCAGCAGCGAGCUAUGUUUCCUGAAGACAGCUGAACCAGAUGAGAAAAUAAUCAAGUCCUUCAGUCAGAGCAAUUUUAUAUUAAUACCAGAGACUGCAGUGAGGGAUACUUCCUCACCACCGCUACUCUCACUGGGUCGCAGGUCACCAGUCCACUCUCUCCUGACCUCUGACCCCAACAACUAACAGAGACACGCCAAAAUGCUUCUGAACCCCUCUUCUUUUAUCAAUGCCUCAUUUUUCAAAGGUCACAAGAAUGAACUCUGACAGCAGAAAGUUUUGAAAAAACAAGAAUUUCACUCACAUGUACUGUACCA